AGAAAGGCAAAGACAAACACACGAGGAGAGAUGGAGCACAGAAAAAUGAACGGGGGAAAAGUCUUCAUAUCAGGUGAGAUGGCAUCACUUCUGUUUUAUCGAAGAUGGAUAUUUUGUCUGGAUGUAAUGCUGUCUCUGAAAAGAAAUGUGUCUGUGUUAACACUAGAUUUCUGAAAGAUGUUAUCAUUAUUACUAAACAAUCUACCAACCAUUCAAGAAUUAUGUACCACCUGAUUGCUAAACAGAUAGUUUUGGAGAGGGGUAAAAAGACAGAAAAAUCCUGUUGCAUUAGAAAUCUGGCAAGACAUGACAGGAAGACUUUGAAACCCAGCAUUUAUAAAGAGGGCUUUUGUGAAUACAGAGGAGAAACAGCUCUGUUUGGGCUAAGACAUGUUGUUUGUGACAUGUCGUCUCACAAACAUCACUCAUCUCUCCACAGUGCUGUGUGUGGCUGCGGUGUGCAGUGCUGUUCCCGUCAGUGACCUGCUGGACCGAGCUUCUCAGCGCUCUGACACUCUGCACGCCCUGAGCACCUUGCUCACACAUGAGCUGGUCAGUUCCCUGUUUUCAGCUUUAUCCUUUGAGCUCUGCACAAGAUAAAAUCAGAUUUUCUAAACAUAAAAAAAAAAAGACUUGUAAAAAAAAUAAACUGUCCUUUAACAAAGCUGAGAGUGUAUACAUGUAGAAUUUUCUAAAUUUGACUGCCAUCAUAGUAAAAUUUGUAUUUGUUUUGAAUACAAUGUCGUCAUCUCUCCCCUCCAGGAUUCUCAUUUCCCACCUUUGGGCCGAGUGAUCAUGCCCCGCCCCUCAAUGUGCCACACCUCUUCUCUACAGACACCCAAUGACAAGGAGCAAGCUCUUCAAGUAUCAGUAAGUGACCACAUCUAAUAUGCCCCCCCCCCCCCCUUCUUUUCCCACUUUUUCUCAUCUUUCUCUGGGCUGUUAUCAUCUAUCAGAGCUAACUACCUUUGUAACGGCAGAGUCUGACUACCAAUGAGCUACUGGGCCAUUUUCUCACUUCUAGAGUACUCACUGCCCUCUGCUGGUCAAUUAUUUUAACAAGCUAAGACACACCUGACUGCCUGUAAUAUCUGUACAGAUUAUACAAACUCCACUUGACUGCUUUUGAUGGUAUCUUCUCAAUAAGCUUAUUCUUAUAUCAUGAUAUCUAUAUCACUUCCCCCAGGAGUCCGACUUGCUCUCAUUGGCUCGUUCUCUGCUUCAAGCCUGGAUAGACCCCCUGACAGUCCUGUCAAACUCUGCUAACAACCUGCCCCACCCUGCCCAGAACAGCAUAUCCAACAAGAUCCAGGAGCUUCAGGAGCACUCCAAGAGUCUGGGAGACGGCCUGGAUAUCCUCUCUGGCAAGGUGUGCAAGCGUGAAGAGAGGAACCCUGGAGUCAAUUUCAUACAGCCUAAAAAAGCAUAUACUGCUUUCCUCCUCUCACUCUCUUUGCCUCUUUUCUCUUCUAGAUGGGUGCAGCUGCUCAGGGCAUCUCCUUUCUUCCCUACAGAGGAGGUAAUGACAUUGGCCAUGACAAAAUUUCUAAACUGACCAACUUCCAUUUCCUGUUGUCCUGCUUCCGCCGGGACUCCCACAAGAUCGACAGCUUCCUGAAAGUCCUGCGCUGCCGGGCGGCUAAAAUGUGCUGAUGAAUUGAGGCAGCCUGCUUGACUCUGAGGGGAGUCUUCUCUCUUCUCUUCUAAUGCCUAUUAGCUACAGAUUAGCAUCUAUUAGGAACCUGCUAUUGGAGCUGACUUUAGUUUGCAAAGAAGGUGAAGAUAUGGAGGAGUUGCACAAUAUUCUUAUUUUACAGACACUCUUCAGCCAUCAUAGUGCCCAAAUAUCAAUCUGACUGAUCAAAUUCUCAUAAUGAAUACAUGAAAGGGGAAAUUAAACAUGCAAAGCUCUUGUUUUUAUUGAAAAAUUUCCCAAACAUAUUUGCAAAAAGGGUGUUGACUUUAACAUUGACAUUUCAAAACAGGUCAAGACAUGAAUGCUGGUAUGGGAGCUGGCAUCUUAUAGGUUUACUGUAAACUGUUGUUCAGUCUUGUUAAUGGGUUGGCAACAACUUUAUGACAAUCAUACACUCUCUCAUAUGUUUCCAGCUGGUCUGGCAGUAUUAACUCUUAAUAUUUUGGUCUAAAACUUAAGUAAACACCACCCAACCUUGACUUCUUCUCUCUUUAAUUAAGUUUUACACCCUUGAAAGCCUGCUGCCAAAGAAGAUUAAGUCGUGCAAAUUCAGGUGAGAAGUAUAAAAUCUGUCCCUCUGGCUACUCUCACACUUCCUCCUCCACACAUGCAUGGUUUUAAUGGAGAAUAGCUAUCGAUGUCUAACUGAUGCUUGUCCAAUGUUAAACAGCAGCAUUUGCACUUUAGGUCUAACUCCACGCUCUGAAAAGCAAACUGAAUGUAACGGCUUUAAGCUGCAACACUGCUUUAAAAUGUUUAUGUCAGAAUAAUAAAAUUACUUGCAAGUAA